ACGAAAAACCCUCCAGAACUGAGCCUCUACUAUAGUCAAUCCUCUUUGCUCCCAUCUGUCAGUGGAGUUGAAGAGUCGGAUAAAAAAUUGCAGUGCCCAUCAUCGCGACAUUAAUAAAAGCCUGUAACUGUGUAUAAAGCUUCAUUGUGAUAUGUGAUGUGAUUUUGUUGUUGUCACCUUGCAGCCAGAAAAGCUUUAGCUUUAGCCCAAAAUUUAGCCCAAAAAUUGAGAUUGACAAGUGAGGUCCAGAUUUGAAUCAGAUUGUCUUUUUCAGGUCGUCAAAUACUCAAAUACUGAAAGGUCCAGGGACACCUUGCUGGUGUCAAGUUGAAAUAAAAAUUCGAUUAAAUGCCUUUUCAUCUACGAACGAAUCACUCGACAGUCGACAUGGAGGAGUAUUCUGGAGCAUCCGAUGUCUCCGUUGUCGAUGUUUAUGACAUUGCCUCAGAGAUUGGAAAAGAGUGCGAGAAACUUAUUGAUAUAUUUGGUACCGAUGCCAUUACCGGUCUCAUGCCUAAAGUUAUUAAUGCACUGGAACUAUUGGAGAACUUGGCGACUAAGAAUGAACGGGAGAUUACCACUGUUCAGGAAUUAACAACGAAAAUUUCCCAGCUGGAAAAUGAUAAGAUCGGUAAAGCUGAGGACAGACAAAGAUUUGAAAAGGAAGUGGAGCAAACGGAGGAGCACUGGAGACAGGAGUCGAGAGAUCUGGUUGGUAUGGUGACAAGAUUGCAGGAGGAGAAUCGCCGACUCUCUGAGGCAUUACAAGAAUCGCGUAGUGAUAGCCAGGACAGCGGUAAACAAACUUUUACGGCUAGUCAAGAGGUGGAUAUUCAGGUUUUACAGCGAUUGAGAAAUAUGAUAGAUAAACAACGAGAUCAAAUCCGUGCCAGAGAUCGUGAAAUGUCGCAAAAAAAUUUGGAGAUUGAAAACUUGACCGUCCAAGUGGAAAAACUUAGUUCAGUGGGUCGUGAAUUGAAACGCAAACAGCGACAGGCACAAAUGCAAGCAAGAGGACUUGUUGAAGAACGUGCUGACUUCUUGGCACAGCUGCAAGAUCAGAAUCGUGAGCUCAUUAAUUUACGCGCUAGGCUGGGUCUGGCACGAAAGGAGAAUGAAGACUUGACCAAGUCCAAUCAGGGAUGUCCUGAUCUUACAAAUAAGGUUGUCUAUGAUUUGGAUGAUCCAGAUAGGCCUAGAUUCACAACCGCUGAGCUCAAAGAAAUUCUCCAUGAAAGAAAUGAAUUGAAAGCAAGAGUUUCUGAUCUUGAAGACGAAUUAGAACUCUACAGGCCGAAACCUGAAACUGGGCAACCAGCAUUGAAUACCGUACCUGAGACUAACAGUUAUACACCUGAGGAAGACGCACCUGUUCAGGGUCCUCUACCCUAUGAGCCAGAUGAUGCUCCCUGGAAGAAAACAUCAGAAUCUGGAAUUCGAAAAUUCUUCCGAAAAAUAUUUUCUGAGACAAGUGGAAGUUUCCUGGGUGGUAGCAGCCCCAGAAGGAGUCUCUCUAGUCUUUCCAAGAUGGCCCUCUCAGGAAAUGGUGCCACCGAUACGUCGAUUUAAACCAAAUGACUAUCUUCCGAGCAGAAGAAAAAAAAACAAAGAUGAGAUUACAUCAAUUUUUCGGUUGAAAAUUUAUAAUUUUUGGUCAAUUUAGAGAUGGCAUAGGGGUAGAACUUCUUAAAUUGAUUCGUUACCCAAUUUUAACUCAAUAAUUGAUGCUAUUAAUGUAAUCUGUUGCCAAAAAUCAGCGUGUAUGAUAGUAUAUUGAUGUUAUUAACCCAAUAUUUUGGAUUUGCCAUUUAGCUACAAAAAACUUACAAUUGUCUUAUUUUUCAUUGUACAACAUAGUUUUUUUUCUUCUUGUGACUUGGUUGACAUUUUUUCAAAUAGUACCAGAAUGAUAUAUUGAAUUAGAAGAUAUUAUUUUAUCUUCAGCGGUUAUUUUUCCCAAUGAAUAAGAAAGAAUUGUGAAUGAGAAAAACAUUUUAUAAUCUAUUACCAUUUUAAAGUAUCUAGUUAAAUAUUUGCCAUCAAAAUUCUUAUCCAUUUGAUUUCAUUAGACACGCAUUUUUUGUAUCAUGUUCUUUACUUUAUCCAUUCCGUUGUUGCUUUUAUUCCCCGGAUUUUAAUAAUUUUCUAAGCACUCACUUAUACUCAUAAAUUUCGAUGCCUAAUAGUGUGACGAAUUUACACUUGAUUUUAUCUUGCAUAAUUAACGACAACUUCACAUGAAACAAAUCAGAUUUUUUCAAGUUUUUGAGAGUUUCAAAUGCAAAGACUUUUUAUCAAAGUGUUGUCAUAUUAAAGUAGUCUUAGCUAAUCAAAAAGAAGAAAAGAAAUUCAUUGGAAGAAAAUAUCGUAGACAUUGUUACGAGAUUUUAAAUGAACGGUUCUAUAGCCUUAAAAGACUAGACUAUAGACAAAACCAAUACAAUUUUCAACUAUAAUUCAAAUGAUUAGUCCUUUUUUAACAAUCCAUCGACGAUUUUGUAAUGCUAAUAUUUAGCAUGCCUUUUCUUUAUUCACAUGUGUUUUUUAGUUGACAUUCCAAAGAAUUUAAAAAAUUAGCCAAAAACCAAAAUAAUAAGUUUAAAAUAAAAAUUGACCAUAAAACUAUACAAUAUAUCUAUACCAUCGGACCCAUAGCAAUUAUCUCUAGAAAUAUUGACACGUUUAUUUUAUAUUUAUAUUAAUUGAAUAUGUGAACCAAUCUAUUUGCCUGAAACAUACAAAUGCAUAUCUGUGUCAAUUUAUUUCGAAAAAAGACAUAAAACCCAAAUGUUUUGUUUGGAGGUGUUUUAAUACUUGUUACAGUGUCUGUCUUUAAAUUCCAGAGAGCAUGUCAAAGGAAAACAAAAUCAGUGAAAAUAUAGUUUUUAACUGUAUAUAAUAUGAUUAAAUACUUAUGCAAUAUUAUAUACUUGCAAACUUGAAAAUAUUGUAAUGGAAAAAAAAAUGUCGCAAAAAAAUAAAGAAUCCGAUGAUAA